UGCCAAUCAAAUCAGACAUCCUCUCCUCCUCAGGCUGUGGCUACGGAACAUCUCAGUUGCUGUGUGGAGAGAUUUGACGGAGGGAUCCUCUGUGCAUGGACCGUCACACUGCGCUGCAAUCCUCUCUCUCUCUCGCUCUCCCUCUCUCUCUCUCCACCUCACACACACGCAUGUAAUGGCUCGGUGAACGCACACGGCGGAGGAAAACACGCAUGUGAACAAUCGUGCGUUUUUGCAUGUCAGGAGCGGAGGAACUCGUCGCCGGGUCCGCGGCUGCUCGUCUUUUCUCACCGCUUCUCUCCCCCCCAUGUCACUCUAAUUCAUCGGAGGCAUGUGGAACCGCACCAGGAUUAGGAACCGCUUCCCAAUAGUGUGCCUGCUGUUGACGCUAUGGACGGAGGUGUCCCAGUCAACCGGCUAUUUCGAGCUGCAGCUGAUCUCCGUGGAGAAUGUAAACGGGGAGCUGGCGGACGGGGAGUGCUGCGACGGCCCCCGGAGCUCCCAGGACCUGCGCUGCACCCGAGACGAGUGCGACACGUACUUCAAAGUGUGCCUGAAGGAGUACCAGAUGGAGGUCACCACCAGCAGCCCCUGCACCUUCGGAGCUGGAUCUACGCAAGUUCUCGGUGGAAAUAUGUUUUCUUUUAAGAGCGGGAAGAGCAACGCGAAUAGAUUCGACGAGGCCGGCAGGAUUUUGAUCCCCUUCCAGUUCGCGUGGCCGCGGACGUACACGUUGAUUGUUGAGGCCUGGGACUGGGACAACGACACACGAAGCAACGAACAGGAGCUGCUGAUCGAACGCAACGCACACACCGGCAUGGUCAACCCCGGUGACCCCUGGCAGACCAUCCUGCACGACGGGCCUGUGGCUCGCAUCACGUAUCGUAUCCGGGUGCGGUGUGACGACAACUACUACGGCAACAAGUGCAACAAGCUGUGUGUCCCUCGCGACGACUACUUUGGGCAUUAUCGCUGUGAGCCUUCAGGGGCUCAGGUGUGUCUGGAUGGCUGGAUGGGACCAGACUGUGGAACAGCAAUCUGCAAACAAGGAUGCGACCUGUUACAUGGCGGCUGCUCAGUCCCGGGGGAAUGCAGGUGUAACUACGGCUGGCAGGGCCAGUUCUGUGAUGAAUGUGUGCUUUAUCCUGGAUGUGUCCACGGGACCUGCAACCUCCCCUGGCAGUGCAACUGUGAGAGGAACUGGGGCGGCCUGCUGUGUGAUAAAGAUCUGAAUUACUGCGGCCGCCACCAGCCUUGUGUCAACGGAGGAACCUGCAUGAACCCUGAGCCGGACGAGUACCACUGCGCCUGUCCACAGGGCUUCUCCGGCAAGACCUGUCAGAUAGCCGAACACGCCUGUGUCUCCAACCCCUGCGCCAACGGUGGUACGUGCCACGAGGUUGCUACUGGGUUCCAGUGCCAGUGUCCGUCAGGCUGGGAUGGUCCGACCUGCGCCAACAAUUUGGACGAGUGUGCGUCCAGUCCUUGUGCUCGAGGUGGAACCUGCAUCGAUAGGGAGGACGGCUUCGAGUGUGUGUGCCCGCCACAGUGGAAAGGAAAGACCUGCCGGAUCGGUGAGUUUCCGGUCUCCGUAUGGACGCACACGACUGUUCGCUUGUUCCUAAAACCAGUAAAUUCCCCUGAGGCACAGCAGACAGCCUCACUCACUGUCCUGGAUUAA